GCGAAGCGCUUUUUAGUUCCUUCAUCCUUUUUUACGGCCUUUGCCAGCCCUUUCGCCUGCUCUCCGCUUCUCUCUGCUCUGCUGUCUUGCCGAUCGCAGGCCGCCGCGAGCGUGGGGAACGCCUUCUUCCGGCAGCGGACCAAACAAAGAUUUUGCGUCUGUGUAUGAAAGAGACAGCGAUAGAUUCAUCGGUAUCGGUGAUAUCUUCCAUGCGGAAGUUAAUUUGAUCAAUGACCAUUGAUAACAUCAGACACAAGUUGAACUUCCAGCAUGGAUGUGGACCUGAUUAUGGAGCAGGCAAUUCCUUCAGGACGUUUAAGUGGCAUUAUCUUUGACUUGAUGACUGAUGCUGAUAUAGAAAAAAUCUGUAAUGUUAACAUUGUAGAGGCUAAUGAAGUGACUAGUGCUAAGUUAGGCUUGCCAAAUGCAUCUUCACAGUGUGCAACAUGUGGAUCCAGAAACAUCAGAGAUUGUGAUGGUCAUUCUGGGUUUGUUAAAUUGCCAAAAACAAUUUAUCACCCUUUCUUUGUCACCGAAGUUGUUCAUAUUUUGAAUCAAAUCUGCCCUGGAUGCAAGACUGUUAAAAAGGAUCUAAAGAUGAAGGGUUCCGUUAUCCUAGAGGCUAGUGAGAAAGCCAUUGGAGAAGGUAUUUACAUUCUAGAGGCUUUUGGAAAGAACCUUACUGUUCUUCAGAGAAGGUUGCUGAAAUUGUGCCGAUCAAAGCUGUUGCUUCCUACUCGGAGUAUUCUGGCUCGUAACACAAAAGUUCGUUUCAUUAACUUGAAGAAAAUUUUGAAGACCAGAAAGAAUUGGGUGUCAAAAGAUUCUCAAGUGUGUUGCAAGUACUGUGCUAGGAAAGCAAAUGGGUGGUACCCCCCAGUGAAGUUUAAGAUCUCAUCAAAAGACAUUCUAGGUAGGAGAAGCCUUUCAAUAAUAGCAGAAGUUAAUGAAAAGUUGCCAAAGAAGUUUCACAGUCAGAGUCUUGGUGAAGUACUUCCUGAAGAUUAUUGGAACUUUAUACCAAAAGUUUCACUGCUGCAAGGAGCUAAGCCAAGCAAGAUUGAUCUGACACCACAUCAGGUAUUUUGCUUGUUAAGUGAGCUUGAUCCGGAAUUUAUUCAGCAGUUUGUUUCAAGGCGUGAGCUACUGUUUCUUUCUUAUCUUCCAAUUACUCCUAAUUGUCAACGAGUGGUGGAGACAUCACAUGUUUUUGCUGAUGGUCCAAAAUUAUCUUUUGAUGAACGCACGAGGGCUUAUAAAAGGUUAGCAGAUGUAAGUAAGAAAAUUGGUGAGUUCAGGCAUCAUCAGCAAUUUGGUCCUCUUGCAACCUCUUAUACCAUGAGCCGGGUUCUCGACUGCUUUAAUGCUUCUAAGCUACAUGCUUCUAGUUCUUCAAGGGGAGAUUCUACUUCUGGAAUAAGAUGGCUGAAAGAUGUGGUUUUAAGCAAAAGAACAGAUAAUGUAUUCCGCAUGACUAUGGUUGGUGAUCCAAAGAUCAAGUUGCAGGAAAUUGGUAUUCCGUUUGAUAUAUCUGAAAGUUUGAUUGUUGCUGAACAAGUUAAUUCAUACAAUUUAGAAAAGUUGAACAUGAGUUGCAAUCUUCAUCUGCUCAGAAAGGAAGGACUUAAUACUAGAAGCAAAGGGCAAUUAACUUCACUUCAUAAAACCAAUCAACUUCAAGUUGGUGAUAUAGUGUCUAGACCUUUGGAGAAUGGGGACAUUAUAUUAGUUAACAGGCCUCCAUCUGUGCAUCAACAUUCUCUUAUUGCUUUGUCUGUGAUGAUCCUUCCUAUUCAGUCAGUCAUUUCAAUUAACCCAUUAUGCUGUGCUCCACUAUUAGGUGAUUUUGAUGGAGACUGUUUACAUGGGUAUGUGCCACAAUCCAUUGGCUGUAGAGUAGAGCUUCAAGAGCUGCUUAGUUUAGACCACCAGUUAUUUAAUGCACAGGAUGGUAGAAGCUUAGUUUCACUGACACAUGAUAGCUUAACUGCCGCAUAUUUGCUAACAGCAAAUCGGGAAUUUUUGAACAAAGUUGAUAUGCAACAGUUAGCUAUGCUGUGUCCUUUUCCAAUGCCGCCACCUGCAGUUGUUAAGACUCCUAAGUUUCAGAUUCCUUUAUGGACUGGAGAACAACUAUUUAGCAUGCUUCUUCCUCCAACCAUGGAUUUUGGUGUAAAUUCAAGAAAUAUGAUAAGUAAGGGUGAAGUUAUGGCCUCUCUUGGAGGAUCUUUUUGGCUACAGAAUACUACUACUGGUUUGUUUACUACCAUGUUCAAACAUUAUGGCAGGAAGGCUCUUGAUUAUCUCUGUUGUUCUCAGGAACUUCUUUGUGAAUAUUUAACAUUGAGAGGUUUAAGUGUUUCCUUAGGUGAUGUUUACCUCUCAUCAGAUUCAUAUUCCCGACUGAAAAUGAUGGAUGAAAUAUAUUUUGGAUUGGAAGAAGCUGAGGAUGCCUGCCAGGUUAUGCAGCUGAUGUUGGAACCUGAGAUGGAGAUCUUGAGGAAUCAGAAUAAAGAUGAAGAUACAUUAGAUUGUAUUAGUCAAUACAAGAUUGCUUCAGAAAGAACAUGUGUAAGCCAGGUUUCUAUUGCUGCUUUUAAGAAUGUUUACCAUGAUCUUUUAAGUCAAAUAUAUCAGUUUAUUAACAAGGAUAAUUCAAUGUUGGAAAUGAUUGAUGCGGGUAGCAAAGGUAGCUUGGUAAAACUAAUUCAACAGGGUGCAUGUCUGGGUCUUCAACUGUUUGCACAUCCACUACCUUUUACGGUGCCUAGCAAACUUAAUUGCUGUAUGUGGAACAAUCUGAAGGCAUUGGAUGGUGGAAUAUCUGAUGCCGCAAAAAGUUCGUGUGGGCAAAGCUCCUAUGCUGUUAUUGGUACUUCUUUUCUUGAUGGUUUAAAUCCAUUGGAAUGUUUUGUCCAUGCAAUAUGUGGCCGUGCUAAUCUCUUCACUGAAAAUGCUGAACUUCCUGGAACUUUGACAAGAAAGCUUAUGUUUUACAUGCGUGAUCUAUAUCUUGCUUAUGAUGGAACGGUUAGAAGUGCUUAUGGUCAACAAAUUGUGGAGUUUUCUUAUAGCAUAUUGGAGGAUUCAACUGAAGGUGGGGAAUCAUGUGUUGCAUAUGAUGGAAAGGAUGCUGAAUAUACUGGAUUAGGUGGUGAACCUGUUGGUUCUUGGGCUGCUUGUUCGAUUUCAGAAGCAGCAUAUGGAUCUCUUGAGUUUCCAAUGAAUAGUUUGGAAUAUUCUCCACUUAUGAAAUUAAAGAUGGUGUUGGACUGUUGUAAGUCUAAUGCAUCUACAAAUCACACUGCCUUACUUUUUCUUUCAAAGCGACUGCAUGGUUGGAGAUACGGUUGUGAGUAUGGAGCCUUGGAAGUGAAGAAUCAUCUGGAGAGAGUUUGCUUUUUCAAUUUGAUCAUCACUGUCAUGAUUCUUUAUGAUGGCCAUGAUGUUCAAGGGACAAAUUUUAGUCCAUGGAUCAUGCAUUUUCAUGUGAGCAAGGAUAAGAUGUUGAGGAGAAGAUUAAAUGUGCAACUUGUCAAAAAUGAACUCAUAAAACAUUACAAUUGUAUGAGGGAAAGGAUGAAUCCAAUGCUUCCGAGAUUAUGUUUUGUAAGCAAGAAUUGUUCAUCAGCUUAUAAGUGGAAGGAACAUGAUGACUCUUUCUGUAUGUCAGUUGCAGCUGAAACUUCAGAAUCACUAAUACAGUUGGAUACAAUAAGAGAUAUGGUGAUACCACUUCUACUUGAAACACCUAUUAAAGGUUUUUGGGCUUCUGAGAAGGUGGAAAUACUGUGUGAAAGCCUUCCAGGUUCUGGUUCUGAACUUUUUCUAAGAGUUACAAUGUCUAAAAAAUGUUUACCUGGAAGUUUUUGGAGUGACCUUCAAGAUGCCUGUAUACCAAUAAUGGACCUGAUUGACUGGCAAUGCAGUCAUCCUGACAAUGUUUAUAAUAUUUCUGGCACAUAUGGAAUAGAUGCUGCAUGGAAGUACUUUGUAAAAUCCUUGAAGUCAGUAACAGCUGAUAUAGGGAGGGACAUACAUAAAAGACACUUAUUUAUGGCUGCAGAUUGCCUUUCAGUGACUGGGGAGUUUCAUGGAUUAAGCACAAAAGGUCUAAGACAGCAAAGAAACGAUAUGUCAAUCUCAUCUCCAUUCGCUCAAGCAUGCCUAUCUAAUCCUGUAAAUUGCUUUGUAAAUGCUGCUAAGCAAGGCUCAAUGGAUCAUCUAUCUGGUACACUUGAUGCAGUGGCUUGGGGUAAGGAGGCUCCAAGUGGAACUGGUGGACCUUUUGAAAUUGUUUACUCAGGAAAGGUUCAUAACCUAACUAGAGGUGAGGGUAUAUAUAAAAAUUUGCACAGCAUUAAAGCUGAGUUACAGCAGGGUGAUGGUGAAGUUUGCAUGGCUGCUAAUCAAACUGUCCCUGCCAAGUGGAAGCAGCAACCAAAGUAUUCCACCAAUUUUGAUGGUGCUAAAGAGACAAUUGACCCACAGACUUCUGAUGAAGAUCACCUAAAGGAAAGAAUCGUUUCUAAAUUUCGUACCAACUGUAAAGGUUACAACAAGCAACAACAAAUUUCAGCCAAUGAUUUUCUUGCUAAAAGCCACUUAACUUUUGGAUUAAGAUCAAAAUUCUCUUCAGAAAGUGUUAGCUCAUGGACUGAUGUCGUAGAUAUGUGCUCUUCAUUACGAACAAUUCUAUACAAGUACCCAAUUGAUGGAUUUCUUGAUGAGAAAGAUAAUUCAUCUUUAAUCGAGGCUUUGAACUAUCAUCCCAAAAGAGCUGCAAAAAUAGGAAGUGGAAUCCAAAAAAUCAAGGUUGGGUGUAGCCCAUUGCAUCCUGGCUCCCGAUGUUUUGUUCUGUUGAGGUCGGAUGGUUCACUAGAAGAUUUCUCAUACCGCAAGUGUGUGGUCGGAGCAGCCAAACUUAUAUCACCCGAGUUUGGCUCUAUUGUCCACAAGAAAAUCUUUCAUAGCCGAUAACUCGAAGAGGAUGAUAGUGAACUGUCUCCUUUGAUUAGUUUUGUUAAAUGAGAAUUAGGCUGUACAUACUCAGAAGGUCCUGUUCGAACAGUGAGCAGCAAGCUCUUUUGGUGGAUAGCUAACAUUGGCAAGCUGUUCCAUCAGUUGUUCUCUUAGAAGCUUUUGCCCCUUACACGACACAUGAUCUUCAUAGUUUUUUUUUCUUUUACUAUUGGUUGGAGCUCAUGCAGAAAACCAGAAGCUUUUUAAGCAGCUUGAGGAGUUUAUCGGUGCAUUUGAAAGAUCACAAACCAAUGUUCUUGCUUGUAUCCAUCCAUUCUUAUAUUAUCCAUUUCUAAUUAUCGUGCGGAAAACCAGAAGGUUUUUAAGCUGCUUGAGAAGUUCAUACGAUGCAUUUGAAGAUCAUGAACCAGUAUUCUUGCUUGUAUCCAUCCAUUCUUGUAUUAUCCAUUUCUAAUUAUAGUGCAAGUGAUGAUAGCUAAUUGUACAUGCACCAAUUUUGUUAUCUAAUUGAUGUCAGGUGGUAGGAUGGAUGUAAUUAUUUUUUGCUAAUUCAUGUAGAUGGAUCAAUCCUCAAGAAAGCAAUUUAUUUUGGGUAAUAAAGCGAAGCUGCACCUUCCU